AUGGAUUUUGAACAUAUUUCCCUGACCACCUACUUCCUAUAUGCCAAUCUCGACCCAGGACGGCACCGACGGUCGAAACGAAACCAACGAUUUAGACAUCAUGGAAAAAUGUAAGUUUUGGUGGUCUUUUUGUAAUUGUGGCAAUUAGGGAUGUCUUGGAAUUAUUGUCACUUGUUUUUUCAUGGGUUCUUCAAUUUAUUUUUUGAUUUUCAGGUAUCUCCAAACUCCAAAGAUCAGAAGAGACGGAUAUAAAAAUAAAAAAAAGAAAAAAUAUAAAAAAAAAGAAAAAAAUUUGAUAACACGUUUUAUUCCGGACACUUUUAAUUACGUAAGUUCUUUCAUCCUACAUAUAUUUUAGGCUGGUUUUUUUUUCAAAUUAUGUGAUCUAUAUUUUCAGAAACCGAAAAUUCGCAAAAAAGAAGCCCACACAACCUUCACUUCUGCCACACUUGUUCGUUACCCUUCCCCCGCCCAUCCUCCCCUGCCACUUGCACCGCCCUCCUCCCCCAUUUCACUCCCACCGCCUUACUCCCCUAUCCCACUCUCUCCUCAGAAUGUAAGUUUCGUGGUUUAUUGGUAGUUGAGGAAAUUACAGAUGGCCUGAGAUUAUUGGCAGUUUUUUUGAGCCUUCAAUUUAUUCUUUUAAUUUGCAGAGAUCUCCAAGCCCCAUACAAACGGAUCUUUAA